AUGCGGACCCAGCCUGAAAAGCAAGUUGAGACGGCAAAAGUACCAGGCAAAUGCGAAAAAGCCAACUGUUAUAUUAAUGAAGAAACUGGCGAGGAUCUUCGUGGAGAAAGAUAUUAUUUAGUAACCAAAGUAACUAAAAAACCCAAGCCCAAGAAUAAUCCUGAUCUAUUAUUAGAAAUGUUUAUUAUCACUACUCGUCACCAAAGAAAAUUUGGCUCGCAAAAACAACUUAUUUCUAAUUAUGAAAUUGUUGACUUACCCGGCACUAUUAAUCUUUGCUUGCCAGGACAAGUAUCAAGCAAUGGACCCCACAAAAAUCAACCCUUUUACUAUUUAGAAAUCCAGGUGGAAAGUUUAUUUGCCAGUAGUUCUGAGAAAAUUUAUGUUUUCCAAAAUUUAGUCAGUAAAGAAUUGGAUAUUCUGGCGGCUGCCCCUAACUCCAAAAUUUGCGAAGAAAUAUUUGGUAAAAAGAAUUACAAACCUUUAAAAGGGGAGCGUAAAGAAAUCCUGAAAGAAGAAUUAUUGAUUCCGCGAGACAUUAGCCAAGCCGAAUUGGCUCGCAGCAUUAAGGUCUCGGUACGCCGAAUUAAUGAUAUUUGCCAAGGUAAACGAGGUAUUACUCCCGAUACAGCCUUGCGUUUAACCCUCUACUUUAAUUUAGGAAGCGAAGGAUAUUUUCAAGACGGGAAAAUGCCUGACACAGUAGAAGGAGAAGGAUACGAACCACCUACUAUCGGUAAUUUUCGUUUAAAUAAAAUGCUCCAUAUUUGUCAAAUGCUUCACUAUGCCAAACACGGGGAGCCACUUUUUUUUGAAGACUUGCGGGCUUACUAUCAUGGAGCAAUAGUUUAUCCCAUUUAUCGCGAUUUUUUUAGUUUCUACCGAAAACCGGUCGCUUCGAAAGAAAUUUCAAUGGAUAAGGAAAAAAAGAGCCUAAUUAGCAAAACUUACUACUACUUUAAAAAUUAUUCGGACAAAGAUUUAGAAACUUUUUCUCAUGACGAUCCCGCCUGA